AUGAUGAUCAAAGUGAGAACCCUUACGGGCAAGCUGAUCUCGCUCGACGUUGAGCCUACUUCCAAGAUCGAGGAUGUGAAGAAGAAGGUGGAGGAGAAGGAAGGAAUCACGCCCGACCAGCAGCGACUUAUCUACGGCGGCAAGCAAUUACACGACCAAUUAACCAUGACCGAAGCCGCCAUCGUCGCCGACGCAACCCUACACUUGGUCCUAACGCUGCGCGGCGGCCGAGAAUAG